AUGGACACCGUCCUGAAACCCUUAACAAACCUAAAGUUGGGCUUAAACAAUACUUUUGCCGGUAAAGAACCAUGGCAGAUUGUCACUUAUACAACUACAACCGUUCUCUUCGUUGUGUGGCUCCACGACUUCGUGCAUCAGGACGAGAGUGUCGUUCAAAGGGCGAAGAAGACUGUCUUUAAAUUAGCCAAACUGAUACCAAGUAUACGUCAGAGAAUUGACAACGAAUUAAAGUCUGUGAGAGAGACGUUUGAGAAAAGUACGAUUGAGAAGACUAAGCAUCUGACAUACACGACGUCGUUGCCGUCGAAGCGGUUGUCUCCAGAGGAGAUUUUGGAUGUAGUCAAGGAACAUUUAAAGUUGGGCGACUAUGACUGGAAAGGCGGACUUGUCUCUGGAACUGUUUACUACCACAACCCAGAUCUAAUCAAAUUGAUAACAGAUGUUUAUGGCAUGACUUCCUACACCAACCCCUUACACCCUGAUGUUUUCCUGGGUCUUUGUAAAAUGGAGUCUGAAGUGGUACGAAUGGCCUGUAAUUUAUUCCACGGCGACGAAAAUGCCUGUGGUACAAUGACCACCGGCGGCACAGAAUCCAUCCUUAUGGCCUGCAAAGCCUACCGAGACUACGCCCGCGAAGUCAAAGGAAUACGAAAACCCGAAAUAGUCCUCCCCAAAACAGCCCAUUCCGCGUUCGAUAAAGCGGCCCAGUAUUUCCGUCUUAAAGUAAGAGCGAUUCCUGUGGACCCUGUUACAACGAAAGUCAAUAUUAGAGCAAUGAAACGUGCCAUUAAUUGUAACACGAUUAUGUUGGUAGGAUCGGCCCCUAACUUCCCGUACGGAACAAUGGAUGAUAUUUCGGAAAUUUCAGCGUUAGGAGUCAAAUAUAACGUGCCUGUACAUGUCGAUUCUUGUCUUGGCGGUUUUUUGACAGUUUUUAUGGAAGAUGCGGGAUAUCCUGUACCUUUGUGUGAUUUUAGGUUGCCUGGAGUCACCAGCAUAUCCGCCGAUACGCAUAAGUAUGGGUUUGCGCCUAAGGGAUCGUCUGUGAUACUUUACCGGGACGUGAAAUAUCGUCACCAUCAGUUCACUGUAACUACAGAUUGGCCUGGAGGUGUCUAUGGUUCGCCUACUGUUUGUGGUUCCAGAGCUGGCGGUAACAUAGCAGUGUGUUGGGCCGCAAUGCUUAGUUUUGGUAAAGAAGGUUACAUUCAAGCUACUAGGGAUAUUAUUCAUACCACCCAUUAUAUAGAAAAAGGGUUGCGAAGAAUGAAAGGUAUAUUUAUAUUUGGUCAACCUGCUACAAGUGUGAUAGCUUUGGGUUCUGAAGACUUCAACAUUUACAGACUUGGGGGGGCUCUGAAUGACCUUGGGUGGAAUUUGAACGUUCUACAAUUUCCUUCAGGGAUCCAUUUAACCGUUACACAUGUUCACACCCAACAAGGCGUCGCGGACAAAUUCUUGAAUGAUGUCCAAAACAGUCUUACGGAAAUUUUGAAGACACCAGAUGUACCAGUGGAAGGAAAAAUGGCGAUAUACGGAGUGGCUCAAAGUUUGCCAGACAGGUCAAUAGUCACUGAUUUUACACGAGUGUUUUUAGAUUCCAUGUAUUAUACUCCCAAACAGUAACUAGGUACUUAUACAUCACACUAUAAAUGGUCUAAUAUAUAAUAUAUUGUACUGAAAAGAGGUAAUAGAUACAUUUUAUGGA